GUACUUACAAACAGAUGAUGAUGAUGGCCAAUCCUCAAAAUUUCAUGAAAUGGCAAACCAUUCUUUUAAUUGUAUCCUCCGUGACCUUGCCAGAAAUUAUCGCAGCUCAAGGCAGCUGUCGAGGGAGAUGUGUUCCCAGGUACGAGCGAGGCCACGUUUGCAACUGUGACAUUGAAUGUAUUCGUUAUGAUGAAUGCUGUGAAGAUUACAGAGAUCUCUGUACAUCAGAAACCUCCUGUUCUGGACGCUGCUAUGAGAAGCACCAACGAGGACGGAAAUGCCAGUGUGAUCCCAUCUGUAUGAAAUACAAUGAUUGCUGUGCUGAUUUUGUUGCAAACUGUGCAGAAGACAUCCGAAAAAGUCCCACGAUUGUAGCUACUACAAGGUCACCUUUACCAGUCACCAGCUUCACAAAGAAACCAACAGCAGGCCAAGCUGAGAUAAUCAGUGAUACACUGCUCCAACAAGAUUCUGCCAACCAAUUGAAUGAUAAUGGAAAAACCAAGGAAGGACCCUUGAAGCCAAAAACUGAAACAGCUAAAGAAAUUGAAGGAUUGACCACCAUAGAUCCCAUCAAAUUUAAAAACGGCAAAGACGAUCCUGUCGUUCCUGAAAAUAGCUCCACAGAUCCCAAAAUCCUGGAUAAAAGAAUGAAAACAACCAAUGUUCCUGAGGUCGCUUCCACAAAUUCAAAUAUCUUAGUUAAAGAAACAACGGCAAAAACUACAACAACUGUUCCUGGUAUAUUGGAUAGAGGAAUGACAACUUAUCCCACCCCUGAAGAUGGGCCCAAUGAUUCCAAAAUCCUAGAUAAAGAAUUGACAGCUGCUCCUGAAAGUGAUUUCCUCAAUUCAAAAAUCCCAAACAAUAGGAUGACAGCGCCCACGGAUUCAAAAAUCUUGGACAAGGAAAUGACAGCAAAUGGUUCUAGAAUAUCGGCGAAUGGAAUGUCAACUGCUGCUCCUUCCGCAGCUGUUUCCAAGGAUACUAGAAUCUCGGAUAAGGGAAUGGCAUCGCUUUCUGUUCCGGUCACUGGUCCUGCUGAGAAUGAUAACAUGGUAACUAAAUUUCCAUUACCAUCAGUUGAACCGGAAAAUCAAACAACUGAGAAAAUGCAGUCAUAUGAAGACAGACUUAACGAUCCCAAUUUGUGUAACGAGAAGCCUUCAGAUGCUUCGACAACUCUACAGAAUGGAACAACGUAUAUUUUUAGAGGUAAUUUGUUUUGGACAAUAAGCCAGCAAGGACAAACAUUAGGCCACCCUCGUAGCAUCACCGAUGUGUGGGGUAUUCCAUCCCCAAUAGACACCGUCUUCACAAGGUGCAACUGCAAAGGACAAACAUAUUUUUUUAAGGAUCAAGACUACUGGCGAUUUCAGAAUGGGGCCAUGGACAGCGGAUAUCCUCAAAAAGUUGCAGCCGGAUUUUCAGGCUUGAAUGGGAAAAUAACAGCUGCCCUGUCCGUGGCUGCGUUUAACAACAGACCAGAAACUGUGUACUUCUUCAAGAGAGGUGGAGUAUACCAGAAAUAUGUGUAUCAAAAAUCGGUCUCAACUUGCCCACAAGAACGCACUCAGAGCCACGCUUAUCAGGUGGUAAGGCACCGUUACAGGCGGCAAACAAUGGUGGUUAUACAAAAAAACAGGAAACGGCAAAAUAUAGUUAAACUUUCUGUUGAGAUGUCUAUAAGAAAUAAUUGGAAUGGGAUUCCGAUGAGAAUAACUUCAACCAUUUCACUUCCAAACCCUAGACUUGCAGAAAAAUAUGAAUACUAUGUCCUCUCACAUGAGAAUUCCUACAAGGUUGAUCCAGUGAAACUGAAAGCUACUUAUAUGAAAAGAAGUAUAACAAAGGACUUGUAUGAAUGCCAUUAGCAAACUUU